AAGGCUAAACCCAAGGCUCUUUAUCACAGUGGCCUUAAGAUUGGAUUUUUCUUCCUGUUCCUGGGAAGAAUUAGAGAUAUAACUUAAAGGUCACUAUUCUGUGAAAAGGGAUCCUGAAGGAGGAGGGAGCAAUGAGUAUAUGGCAGGAGUUCAAGCUUUCUUCAGGGUCACCCUAGAAUCAGAUCUGCUCCCCAGCAUCUUCUGUUUCCUGGCGAGUGUUUCCUGCUACCUUGGAUUUUCCAUGAUGGGCUGGAGCUGCCUUGUGACGGGAGCUGGAGGGUUUCUGGGUCAGAGGAUCAUCCGCCUGUUGGUGGAGGAGAAAGAGCUGAAGGAGAUCAGGGCCUUGGACAAGGCCUUCAGACCGGAAUUGAGGGAGGAAUUUUCUAAGCUCCAGAGCAAGACCAAGCUGACGAUGCUGGAAGGAGACAUUCUGGAUGAGUCAUGCCUGAAGAGAGCCUGCCAGGACAUCACGGUCAUCAUCCACACGGCCUCUGUCGUUGAUGUCUUCGGCGUCACUCACAGAGAGUCUAUCAUGAACGUCAACGUGAAAGGUACCCAGCUCCUGUUGGAGGCCUGUGUCCACGCUAGUGUGCCAGUCUUCAUCUACACCAGUACCCUAGAGGUAGCCGGGCCCAACUCCUACAAGGAAGUCAUCCAGAACGGCCACGAAGAUCAGCCUCUGGAAAACACGUGGUCUGCUCCCUAUCCAUACAGCAAACAGCUUGCUGAGAAGGCUGUGCUGGCGGCUGAUGGGUGGACUCUGAAAAAUGGUGGCACCUUGUACACUUGUGCCUUAAGACCCAUGUAUAUCUAUGGGGAAGAAGGCCCAUUCCUUUCUGCCACUGUAACUGCAGGUCUGAACAACAGUGGAAUCCUGCCAAGUGUCGGCAAGUUCUCCACAGUCAACCCAGUGUAUGUUGGCAAUGUGGCCUGGGCACACAUUCUGGCCUUGAGGGCCCUGCGGGACCCCAAGAAGGCCCCAAGUGUCCGAGGACAGUUCUAUUACAUCUCAGACGACACGCCUCACCAAAGCUAUGAUGGCCUUAAUUACAGCCUGAGCAAAGAGUUCGGCCUCUACCUUAAUUCCGGUUGGAGCCUGCCUUUAUUCCUGAUGUACUGGAUUGGCUUCCUGCUGGAAGUGGUGAGCUUCCUGCUCAGCCCAAUUUACACCUAUCGACCCCCCUUCAACCGCCACACAGUGACGUUGUCAAAUAGCGUGUUCACCUUCUCUUACAAGAAGGCUCAGCGAGAUCUGGCGUAUAAGCCGCUCUACAGCUGGGAGGAAGCCAGGCAGAAAACCGCGGAGUGGGUUGGUUCCCUUGUGGACCGGCACAAGGAGAUGCUGAAGUCCAAGACUCAGUGAUUUAAGGAUGACGGAGAUGCCCACGUGGGUAUUGUUGGGAGACGUCGUGAAGCUCCACCCUCCUGGCUUCGCACAGAAGGUGACAAGAGCACACGCCCAGGUCCUGCUGCGCCCCCCCUUACACAAUGGACAACUUACUGUCUUCCUUGCAUCAAAACCUGUGCAGUCACUGGCCCAACCAGAAGCUUUCUGUCCUAAUCAUAUACCAGAGGACAGACAAUGUGAUUUUCUUUUUACAAAUCUCAGUGGCUGAUUCCGAACCAUUUGGGGUCUCUUUUAACUUGAGGGUUUCUUUCAGUUAGUAUAGCUCCAUUUCUCCUCUUAAAUGAGAAAGGAUUUCUUUUCUUUUAAAUCUCCCAUUUCUUCACGCAGUUCAGUAAAAAGAGCAAUAAAUGUCUUAAUGCUUAACCUGGA